AUGAUUAACUCGGAUGGCUUUAUGCCACGAAGUAGUACUACGAUGGAGGUAUUGCUUCGUACCUCACCCAAGCAUAACUCUGCUUGGAGCAAGCUGGUGAUUUGGCGUUGGCCUCACCAGAUUCCGAUUAACUCGGAUGGCUUUAUGCCACGAAGUAGUACUACGAUGGAGGUAUUGCUUCGUACCUCCCCCAAGCAUAACUCUGCUUGGAGCAAGCUGGUGAUUUGGCGUUAGCCUCACCAGAUUCCGAUGAUUAACUCGGAUGGCUUUAUGCCACGAAGUAGUACUACGAUGAAGGUCUUACUUGAAAGACCUCUGACCAAGCUACGACGCUGCUUGAAGCGGUUUAGUAUAGCGGGAUCACAAGGAUCCGCAGAAGCAUAGCUUCUGGCCCAAGUACGGGACUUUGACGACUUCAAGACCGAUACGGGCUGUUCGGAAAACCGCUGGCUCUCCAGUGGAGAACCGAUCGGCGAGGGAGCAUGAAGUUUUUGGGAAUGAGAUACACUUCUCAGCAGAAACUGCUGUUUGUGUAUCGCCACGUGAUCUUCGAACACGUGGAAAUUUUAAAACUUCAGUAGUGGACGCAAAGUGGGACAGCAUGUGA